CACGGCAAAGACGUUUCUUAGAAAUAUUAUGCGUACGAUCAAAUCUAUGAAGAAACGAGGCCCUGAGAUCUACACGAGAGAGACUCCUUCACCGCUUCGUUCAUUGAUUUCGUUCACGUUCAGAAGACUAACACACAAAAAUGAAUAAAUGAAAUGUAAACAGUGUUUAGUCCCAGACUGCUUUGUGUUGUUAAAAGCACUAAAUAGAAAUUGGAGCAGUUCUGUUUAAAUAAUUGUUGUAAAAAUAGCUGUUUAACUCUCUCUGUUAUAAUUGCUUUUUACAUUCUUUUUCAAUUCAAGCUAAAACUUUUGCUGUGCAUGUAUAUAUCAGAUUUUCAGACUGGGGGUUAUUUCUCCAUCUCAAGAUGUUUUGUGUGUUUGAGGAAAGCUGCUGUUGGGUUCAGUUCAGACUGGAUGGUGCCGGUCAGGAGAGCUGACCAAUCAGAGACGCCGUUCUUGAUGAUGUUCACGUCAUCAAUCUGAGAGACGCUCUCUAGAUCAUUCCAGCUCCAGCCUUUCCUGUGUCCUGUGUGUCUCCGGAGAAGAGAAGAAACUCGGACGUAAAGGAGCAUGUCUUUGAGCGAUUGGCUCUACCCCGGAAAUCCCAAAAGAAGGGAGAAGGUUAUCCGCAGGAGUCAAGAGCUUCUUGAGCUGAUGAAAAACAACUUUCGAGCCACCAACAGUCUCUCUGAGAUCGUAAAUAAGCACCUGGGUUCAUCGUUCGACCCCAUCGCUCUGGACGAGAGAGCCACCGUGAAGGAGAACUGUGAAGUGAUGAUUGAACGCGUGAAUCAGAUCCAAGCUAAAGUCGAGGAGGUUAACGAGGAGCUGAAGAAUAAGCUGGAUCCUGCCAUGUAUGAGCAGCUACAAAAAAUGUCGUUCCACGACCUCAAAACUCUUUCGGUUGCUCAGAAACGUGUAAUCUCCUCAACCUGCCAGGUUUCAGCCGCGAUUAUAGUGACGGUUCUGAUGAAAAAAAUACGCGUUCUGACGAACAUAACGUCCACGUGUGUUAGAGUUGUGGGAGGGAUGAUUGCCACCUUCGUGGUUGGGCUGUUAAUCGAUUUGAUCGCUUCGGCUAUCAUAGGGCAUUAUGAGCGUAAACAUCUGGAGGAGGCCCUGGAAGACCACGAGAAGGUUUUGGUAGAGUUCAGGCCAGCAUCUGAACAAUACCAGGACGCCAUAGCUGAAGUGAAGGCUGUGAUUGCAUUUUUAUAAGAAGGAAUACACUCUAUAUACAAAUAACAGAUUGAAAGCAAAAAUUAUGUCUCAUUUUAAAUGAGUAAUAAAAACUGAAGCCAGAAGAAUAAUGUUCCUGUGGUGAAAUAAAUGAUUAGUGAUACCUUCAAAAGACUUUCAGAUUUCACCUUAGCAAGUCGUAGAUUGCUGUUUUAUUUAUAGAACACUAAUUUCAAUCCGACAAAAAUAUUUGCUGUAAUCGAAAACAUGCACGCAAUUAACUUUACUCCUAAAAGCAUGCACGGAAUUGAGAUGGAUGAGCUUGAAAUAAACUGCAGAUUCAAACAUGGUCUCGUUUAUUAAAGGAGAAUAUUUCACAUGCGUCACAGCCAUCUUCAGGUAUGGAAAUGUGGAAAAGAAAGCUAAAGCUCCAAUCUCCUCGUGAAAAAGUGUCUUGGUGAAGCUCGACGUCACACUACCAAUAUAAACAUAUCCUUGACUUAUAUCCCUAGACAUCUACACGGCAUUAGAGCAGCAUGCUUUCAUUUUUCAAUGUCUUCAAAUAUUUGUUUUGGUUAAUUUUUUACGUGCUAACAUGAACUGUUUACUGAAAUGUAGUUCAGUUCAGUUCAGUUUUGGUACGUCAGUCAGAUUCGAUCCUUUCCUUUUCACCGCCGCACAUAAUAUUAAUGAUAGUGUCUUGAGAGGGACUCUCUUCGGGGAAAGGGAAAUAAAAACCAAUGUGCUUUUCCUAAGAGAUAAUGAGCUCUGCUGAUCAAACUCUGCUUUUUUAAAUGUGAGCUACUUUCAAUUAAAGAAUGCAUAACAGGAACCAAAUAAAUCAAGACUGAUGGCUUGUAGUACAUGAAAAACUCAAUUAGAAUGUGAUACAGAACCAAGACUUUCCAUCACUUUUGGGACACAAACAGGAGCAGAGAUAAGUACUUCUGUUUUUUUUAUAGGAUUGAACUGUAAUUAUUUGUCAGCCAGACUAAA